GCCUAUUGUAGGCUACCUCGUCCUGUCAUCGGACAAGACUCCUGUUUCCUUAAACAUGGAAAUAUACCUACUCCACUGCUUAUAUCCAGCACUGGUCUUAUCGGAAACAGCACAUCAUGGCGAUUGAGGGAGGGGGGCGGAAUUGUGGCAUCCAUGAGCUCAUAUGUGCCAGAAGAGUGUCUCCUGAGUUGCUAGGCAUCCUGUCCUCCAUAGCUGUCUUCAUGGCGGUGAUUGCUCUUUUUUUCCUCUACCUCAGUAACAAGCUGUCAGUGGAGAACACCAGUGAAUUCUCCUGCUUUGAUGAGUACAGGAAAGACUUGAAAGACAGGGGCACUGACCAGGGCUCGUCGGAGAGCGAGGAGGAGAGGCCAUGGAGACGCAACGAACCCGCCUCCCAGCCCCAGAAGACGUCUGGCUGGGGCAGCAAGCAUUCCGAGAAAGAGGUCUACAACAGCAAAGCCCCGACAGUUCAAGCUAACAGCGUCCAUCGCACGAGGCAGUCCACCCAGCUCAACGAGCUCCAGCCACCUCCGUACAAGGCCUCGUCUCAGCCGCAGUCGCGCCAGACCCGCGCCCAGGACUCGGAAGAGGAGGACAGCGAAGAGGAGGAGGACGACGACGAGGAAGAAGAGGAGAGCGAGGAGGAAGAGGGCAGCGACGACCCGGACUACCAGAAGGAGGACGCCCCCAGCGACAGCACGGCGGUCCUGGGCCCCGAGGACUCUUCAGUGCCUCCUCUUCCUGCAGGGUACGAGCCGGAGGAGCUGGGGAAGUACGGAACGUUGGACGUGGCGUUCGAGUACGAGUCGGGCGAGCAGCGCCUGGCGGUGACGGUCACGGCCGCCACUGACAUUCCGACCCUCAAGAGCACGGGCAACGUGUCCUGGCAGGUCCACCUGGUUCUCCUGCCUACAAAGAAACAGCGGGCCAAGACCGGGGUCCAGAAGGGCCCGUGUCCCGUGUUCACGGAGACCUUCCGGUUCUCGCGGGUGGAACAGGAGGCCCUGGGGAACUACGCGGUGCGGUUCCGCCUGUACAGCGUGCGGCGGAUGAAGAAGGAGAAGGUGCUGGGCGAGAAGGUGUUCUAUCUGACCAAGCUCAACCUGGAGGGCAAGAUGGCGCUGCCCGUCACUCUGGAGCCGGGCUCAGCUGUCACGGGCUGCGGCUCCAUGGUGAGCGUGUCCCGCAGCAUGGGGGCGCUGUCGUACCACUCCACGGGUGACUCGGCCACGCCGGAGAUCCUCCUGGGCCUCCUCUACAACUCCACCACCGGACGCCUCUCCGCCGAGGUCAUCAAGGGCAGCCACUUCAAGAACAACGCCUCGGACAAACUGCCUAUUGGCCUGUUUUGCUGCAUAAAGCAGUUCAUAGGAGGCCAGCUCUAUAUCAUGCGAGACACCUACGUCAAGCUGAUCAUGCUGGACUCCAAGGGCAAGCAGAUGUCCAAGUGCAAGACGUCGGUGUGCCGCGGUCAGCCCAACCCCACCUACAAGGAGACGUUUGUCUUCCAGGUGGCGCUGUUCCAGCUGUCGGAGGUGACCCUGCACGUGUCCGUCCACAGCCGCCGGAGCAGCAUGAAGCGUCGCGAGCGCCUGGGCUGGGUCUCGCUGGGCCUCAACAGCACCAGCGACGAGCAGGAGGACCACUGGACGCACAUGCGCCAGGCCGAGGGCCAGCAGGUGUGCCAGUGGCACACGCUCCUGGACACCUGAGCGCAGGUGACGGGCCGGGUCCGGGCCGGGCGAGGCGAGCCGAGCCGAGCCGAGCCGAGCCGGGAGGGGUGGACAAAAAAACGAGACAAGCGACAGAAACGCGUUACAAUGCAUUUUUUUUAACGACGCAAAAAACGACACGUGGACAUUGAGGCGCUGCUGGAGAUGUUAGCGCAGAUUUUCGUUGAGCUCACGCGACCCCCGUCAGUAGGGGGCUCAACGGGUGGGCUGUUAGGGGCUCUGUGGACGAGAAGGAGCACUAGGUGUCCGGAGAGCUCCGGGUGCAAAUGCUGGAACGUGUGCCUGGCUGGAACUGGAGACUACUUCUAGGGCUCUACUCCCUCUGAAAUCCACAGACUGAAAACGAUGAUGGGACGAUAGAGAGAGAAAAAAAAGAGAGAAAGAGAGAGAGUUAAGAAACAGCAGCACAUGUCCUCAACUCUGCUGUGUGUUUGCACUGACUGCAAAGGCUACUGUAUCUGCUGCACAGCCCUUUUAACCAACCAGCUCACCCCUGGUACCAACACACCCUUUUUAAAAAGCUCUGUUUCCUGUUCUUGACAUGGACAUGAGGAUUUUUACGAACCCUUCGAUGCAACCUGAGACCAGAUCGGGGUCAUCGAGGUCACAAUUAUGCAAUAUUUCCUCUCUUCCACACUCCAGUAUGAAAGUGCAUGCAACUCAUAGAGGUUUAAAGGACUAUAUCAUGCAUCAAACUUGGUUUCAGAGAUUUUGCCAUAUGCUGUAGGACCAAAGAGCAUGUAAACCACACUGAACAGCUAGACAUUCGUGAUAUAGGUUUUGCAUAGAUGUCAUGUCAGACCAGCCAAUGCAGCCCAACAGGUCAGAGGUGGUGAGGAAUGAAAUCUAGACCAGCAAAUAUUCAUAUCUGCCGACUCUGAGACAUGUAUGGUGAGGACUAUACUAUAUUCUGUUUACAUUCAAAUGGGACACAAUUAUGCAUAUUUCUAUGGCUUUAUAACUGACUGAUGUCACCUGCAGUACCAGUGUUUCUAUGUAGCAUAUGGUUUGGGUCUGGUCACUGUUUGAUGUUUUUUUUUCUUUUGUUAUGAAAUGCACAAACUGAAAAGAAUUUGAAAUCAUUUGACUGAUAUAUACAUAUAUGAUUUUUUUGUCGUCUUUUGACCACAGAUUGGUAUUGUUCUCUUUUAAGUCAUGCAUUGUAUCAUAAUAAAUCAUGUUUACAGAAACUCAAAUGGGAAAUUU